CUUACCAACACUGGUUUCCCUUCUAAAAAGGCUCUUCGUUCAUACUGGAACAGCGCUGUAAUUAAGGAAACUUAUUAAUUCCUUAAUUAUAUUCUCGACCAGUAUAUCUUUCAUUUUGAGAUUCAUCCCGUUGAUAUCCAUAGACGAGGAAAAUGAGUACUGCAUUCAAAGAUGCUGAAAAGCCAGCAAUCGAAGCACCUUCCAUUCACAGGAUUCGUGUUACCUUGACUUCAAAGAACAUGAAAUCAUUGGAAAAAGUCUGUUCCGACUUGAUCCAAGGUUCACAGAGGGAGAAGUUGCGUGUGAAGGGGCCGAUUCGUAUGCCGACUAAAAUCCUUCGUAUCACAACCCGUAAAACACCUUGCGGUGAAGGAUCAAAGACGUGGGACAGAUUUCAGAUGAGGGUCCACAAGCGUGUCAUUGAUCUUCAUUCUCCUUCAGAGGUGGUGAAGCAGAUCACAUCAAUCUCACUUGAGCCUGGUGUUGAGGUUGAAGUGACCAUCGCUGAUAAUUAAAUGGUUUUCUUUUUUAAUUUAUAAUAAAAAAAAAAGAAGAAAAAACAUUAAAUUUUAA